AAAACAAGGUUGCGUAGACCGUCCAACACAGAAAUAGAAAACUCAGCAGAGCGCAGAAGUGGAGACAAGAGCAGAUCAACCUGUCUAGAGAAGUGAUGUACUGAACUGAUUUACGCCCCCCUUGUAGUGGAGACACUCAAGUCUUAUCUUUACAUGGUUUACUCUUUGGUCAAAUAUGAUCCUUUGACGACAAACGGUCACCAGUCCAAGCCAACAGCUGUUUAGUCUCAGGAAAAAAAAAACAAGCUCAAGUUCCGAGUUGAACUGUGUGUUGGGCAAGUUUUUUGCUGCUCAUCAGGCUGCUCAUUUCUUCACACGCAGUUGAAAUAGCUUAAUCAUUGUCUGGGCCAUGCUAGGUCAGUAUGCCUUGCAAGGCAAAGCACAAAGGAAGAACAACCACCGGUCUGUGUGAAAUUAGCCUUAGCUUUGUCAAAGACACGUUGUUUUACACUAACGGAUACCUCUUGUCAUUUUCAUGGUAAAUAAUUCAGACUUAUUUGCGUCACUUCAGGUGUCUAAAGAUUUAAAAAGGAUGAAAGUUAACUGCAUCUUAUAAGUAUGUAGUAAGUGUCGUUGUAAACACGUCACAGCAGCACUAGUCUCUUGAGAGUCUUGAUGAGGUAUCUGUAAUCCAAAACUUGCGUUGUGUAUUUACAUGUUUAGAAAAUGCUGAAGUGGGUCAGCACUAUUUCGCUUGUAAGAGGAUACAGCCAUUUGAGUCACUACAGAGUCUAAGUGUUUUAGAUGAUGUCACAUGAUCUUUAAUUUAAAAAAAGAAAACAAAAUGUGGUGGUUUCAAAAUUAGCUGUCCAUCCUGUUUUCAAGCUGAUGCUAAGUCCUAUUCUCAGGGGAUCUCAAAAUUAAAGGUUCUGGCGUUAAGAACAAAAGGGCUUUAUUUUCUGUUUUGAGAAGUUCGAAAAUACUUUGGCCUUAUUAAUCUCAAUUGAAGUGCUUAACCAAACCCUUCCGCAAUGACCGAAUCUAGUUCAGAGAAAGUGUUGGGGGAUACGGUGGGGUUAGGUAAAGAAGAGCAGCUGGUGACAUCAGACGUCUCCAGUGUGCUUGCUCAGGAUCAGAAAGACUUAAAAGUUGGGGAGACGGAAGAAGCACACCAAAGAGGACAGGAUGUGUAUCCUCUGGAUGAAGACCCUCCAAAUGUGGUUCCUCCAGGGGACACUCCAUUAGUAGACACUGGAGACCUCUUGCAUCUGGAGGCAAAAACACCAGAGCCUGCUGCGCCCGUUCAACUGGAGAACGGCCAGCCGGACGAUGGCCAGUCGAACGUGAUACACGAAAGGCAGGUGGAUGGAGAGAGUUCAGAGGUCGCUGUCGGCCAGUGUGCUAACCAGAGCCAGUCCGCUGACACUGCCUCUUGCUCCAUACCCAGUCUGGACGUCUCCGAGGGCAGCAAUGGCGUGUCCGUGGACGAGGCCCUGUCUUCGUCCUUCUCAGCCCUGGGAGCUGAUGCUGGUUCCCCGUGCGUGGAGGCGACAGGUCUGGCGGAGGUGGUUCUGCCGCCCGCGACCUCCGUACCGACCACCGCAGCCGCAGCAGCUGGGGGUGCGGUUUCCACGGAUACUGAGACGGUCAUGCCGGCGUACUACUUUGUGAAGUGGAUCACCUGGAAAGAGAAGAAGACUCCCAUCAUCACGCAGAGCGAGAAUGGACCCUGCCCCCUGCUGGCCAUCAUGAACAUCCUGUUUUUGCGCUGGAAGGCCAAGCUGCCCCCGCAGACGGAGGUCAUCACCACAGAGGACCUGAUGGCUCACCUGGGGGAAUGUGUGCUGUCAAUCAAACCAAGGGAGACCGCUGAGGGCAUGGAACUGAACUUCCAGCAGAACAUGAGCGAUGCCAUGGCGGUGUUGCCCAAGCUGUCCACAGGCCUGGACGUGAACGUGCGCUUCACUGGAGUGUGUGACUUUGAGUACACGCCCGAGUGCAUCGUCUUCGACCUGCUGGACCUUCCCCUGUACCACGGCUGGCUGGUGGACCCCCAGAGCCUAGAAAUGGUGUCUGCUGUGGGGAAGCUCAGCUAUAACCAGCUGGUGGAGAAGAUCAUCAACUACAAACACUCCUCUGACAGCUGUCAAGUCAGUGAAGGUUUGGUGGCGGAGCAGUUCCUGGAAUCCACGGCAACCCAGCUGUCCUAUCACGGCCUGUGUGAGCUCAACACCACGGCCAAGGAGGGCGAGCUGUCCGUCUUCUUCAGGAACAACCACUUCAGCACGAUGAUCAAACACAAGGGGCAUCUGUACCUGCUGGUGACGGACCAGGGCUUCCUGCAGGAGGAGAGUCUGGUGUGGGAGAGUCUGCAUAACGUGGAGGGCGACGGCAACUUCUGCGACUCCGACUUCCGCCUCAGCCACCCUCCUCAGCGGGGCGCGGCGUCAUCGUCCACCGCGGACGCCCCGACCCCCCAGCAGCAGCGGCAGCAGAUCGACCAGGACUACCUGGUGGCCAUGUCCCUGCAGCAGCAGCAGGGUGCGGCCCCGGGGCCCCUGAGUGACCUGGAGCUGGCCAGGCAGCUGCAGCAGGAGGAGUACCAGCAGCAACAGCAGCAGCAGCAGCAGCAGCAACAGCAGCAGCAGAUGUCCACAGCAUCCUCAGCAUCCUCGGCUCCACAGGGGCGAGGCCAAGCGGCAGGCCAGCAGACUCGGAGACGGGAGAAGAAGGACGACUCCGACUGUACCUUAUUAUAGGGACCUUGCUUGCCCUCCACGCCACCUUACCUGUGCCCUCCAAAUACUCGUCUGCUCUUGCGGGCUAAGCCAAGGACAUUGCAAGUGCUCACACACACACACACACACACACACACACACACACUCACUCGCGUGCAAACAUACACACUCGUGCAUACUCAGGAGCCCCCAUCUCCUCUGAGCGGUCAUUUUAAUGCCAAACCCAGCACCAUUCCUACCAGCUUUGCCAUAAUUCCCCAUCACAAUGCCACAACACACGUGCCCUUCACUAACCUCCUUGCCAUCUCACUUCACACCACCAGGGGCAGCAGAGUGCCCAAGCUGAGAUAUUGUAAUGUGGGGGAAUAAAGCAGUACCACCCAAAAGCGUGAGGCUCGUUCAG